AUGCAUACAGAAAAGAAGACAUCUGCAGUUGCGACCGAGUGCUCUCCUUUGGCGCAUUCACUGCGCUUUCUUGCUACGACAACUGGGCGUGACAAGAUUCUGCGCUCUGUACAAUAUUUCUCUCGGUUCUACUGCUGGUACCUCCAUCGUGCCCAGCACAGCCAAAAUGGUAUCAACCUCCAGGCGAUAUCGAAUCAGUUCGAGGUAACCCGCAAGAUUCUACGAAUCGGUACCUUCAUCGAGAAGUUCAACGCUGCCUCCACUGCCUACAGCAGGAACAGUACAGACACGCUGCUGCGAUAUCUUACUGUUGCCCAUCACAUCGGAUAUGGCGGUUACCUCGCUCUCGAUAACAUCCUUGCUAUCGAUGCUGCGGGGGUUCGGAAGCUGGCUACCGCUAAAAAGCUGAAGAAGCUUGCAUACCGGUCUUGGAUGGCGGGCCUGAUCUGUAGCAUUGUGGCUGGCAUCUAUUCUCUGUGCAAGCUCCAGAAGAAGAAGGAUAUGGAGGGCACUUCAGAGGCAAAGCGGACACAGAAGGCACGAUAUAAUACAUCCGCCCAGCUAGUGGCCAACCUGUGUGACUUGACUCUACCCAUUUCGGUGCUGGGAUACGCAGCCCUUGGAGACGGAGUGGUUGGAAUGGCUGGCACAAUCAGCAGCUUGAUAGGAGCGUGGUUCCAAUGGCGAAAAACUGCGAUGGUAGAGUCUCAAUCAUGGAGUUGA